UCCUCCGGCCCGCUGGAGGAGAGACUGACCGCUUGCAGCUCCUCGUCACUGGACGCUGCUUUCCCCUCAGCCUCUGUCAUGAUGGAGGCUCUAAACACCUGCUCUAAAGAGAUGGACAGCACGGAGGUGUGACGUGUAUUUAAGUGAAGGUGUGUAAGUGUAAGGACCGGUGAACAACAAGCUGUGAGCUGUGGGAGAUGAGUCACUGCAGGAAGUGAACGAGAGGGGGAGGAGCAGAGAUCUGUUUCUGUUCAGAGGAAGAGAAACUGUUCUACAGUCACUGGCACCUGCUGAAAUGGCGCAGCAAGAAAUUCAACUGGACAGAGAAAGAUUCUGCUGUUCGAUCUGUCUGGAACUACUGAAGGAUCCGGUGACUACUGUGUGUGGACACAGCUACUGUCUGAGCUGUAUUAACAACCACUGGGACAAUGGGGAUGGGAGUGGAAGCUACAGCUGCCCUCAGUGUAGACAGACCUUCACACCGAGGCCUGUCCUGGGGAAAAACACCAUGUUAGCUGAUUUAGUGGAGGAGCUGAAGAAGACUGGACUCCAAGCUGUUCCUCCUGAUCACUGCUAUGCUGGACCUGAAGAUGUGGCCUGUGAUUUCUGCCCUGGGAGAAAACUGAAAGCUCUCAAGUCCUGUUUGGAUUGUUUGGCCUCUUAUUGUGAAAAACACCUCCAGCCUCAUUUUCAGUUAGCUCCAUUUAAGAAGCACACGCUGGUGGAGCCCUCUGAGAAGCUCCAGGAGAACCUCUGCUCUAGCCACGAUGAGGUGAUGAAGAUGUUCUGCCGCACUGACCAGCAGUCUAUCUGUUAUCUCUGCUCUAUGGAUGAACAUAAAGACCACGACACAGUGUCAGCUGCAGCAGAAAGGACUGAGAGGCAGAGCCUGCUCGGGCAGAGGAGACAAAAAAUCCAGAAGGGACUCCAGGACAGAGAGAGAGACUUGAAGCUGCUUCAACAGGAAGAGGGAGCCAUCAAUGGCUCUGCUGAUAAAGCAGUGAACGACAGUGAGAAGAUCUUCACUGAGUUGAUCCGUCUGCUGGAGAAAAGAAGCUCUGAUGUGAAUCAGCAGAUCAGAUCCCAGCAGGAAACUGAAGUGAGUCGAGUCAGAGAGCUUCAGGAGAGACUGGAGCAGGAGAUCAUUGAGCUGAAGAGGAAAGACCAUGAAAUGAAGCAGCUCUCAGAUACAAAGGAUCACAACCAGAUUCUACACAACUACCCCUCACUGUCACUCAGUGAAUCUACACACUCAUCCAGCAUCAGGAUCCGUCCUCUGAGGUACUUUGAGGACGUGACAGCCUGUGUGUCACAGGUCAGAGGUCUACUACAGGACAUUCUGAGUGAGACAAAGACAGAGAUUUUACAGAUUGUGUCUCAAGUGGAUGUUUUACUGCCACAACCAGAGCCAGAGACCAGAGCUGACUUCUUAAAAUAUUCACAGGAAAUCACACUGGAUCCAAACACAGCACACGAACGUCUGUUAUUAUCUGAGGGAAACAGAAAAGUAACAUAUGUGACUGAAGAACAGCCUUAUUCUUAUCACCCAGACAGAUUCACUAAUUGGUAUCAGGUCCUGAGUAGAGAGAGUCUGACUGGACGUUGUUACUGGGAAGUGGAGUUGGGGGGGAGAGCAGUUGGUGUAGCAGUAUCAUACAAGGAUAUCAGCAGAGCAGGAGACUCAGGUGAAUUAAGAUUUGGAUUCAAUGAUAAAUCUUGGGUGUUGUUGUUUUCUUGUCAUGCAAACGUAUGUAAAUUUCAUUACAACAGCAUCAAGACUUCAGUCUCAGGUCCUCCGUCCUCCACAGUAGGAGUGUACCUGGAUCACAGGGCAGGUGUUCUGUCCUUCUACAGCGUCUCUGACACCAUGACUCUUCUCCACAGAGUCCAGACCACAUUCACUCAGCCUCUCUAUGCUGGAGUUAGGGUUUGUUAUCCUGGAGACACAGCUGAGUUGUGUGAACUGACAUAGACUGGAGUCAUUAAAAGCAGUGAUUUAGAUUCUGUGUUUAAAUCCUUAACUUCUUUUGUCUGAAUGUUUGUUGUUCAAAGUUCAUCGUGGUGAUGUUUCUGCUCCGCACAGAGAUCCGCUGUCAAUCAAACACUGACCUGCCUUUAUCAUACAUAUUUGAUCCUCACUUUGUAAAGACAUGAAUCUAUAAUUACACUGACAUGGAUGUGUUUGAAAGAACUAAUGUUGCUGUUGUUUUCUAAAUCAAUGUAGAAGUAAGGUUCUGUGAUGUGUGAUAAUUCAAUAUUUUAGCUGUUGUGUGGGUCUGACUGUACUAUUUUCAAUAAAGGCAGGAGGGGGGCCUUGAGCAGGUUGGGCCAGAUAUAAGGCCUUUAUACAAAUGAUUUAUAAAUAACCCUUGCUGAAUAGUGUUAAUAAUGAAUCUUAUAAUUGUUCUGAAUUCUGACUUUGUUGACAUUGUUUUGUUUCGUUGUUUUGGUUUCGAGGAUCCUAAUGUUUACAUCAUAGGGAACUUGUUUGGAUAUAGCAGGAACAUCAUAUUCCUUUCUCCAAUGGCCCACAUGGCAUCAGCUGUGUCAAGGCCUUUCAUGAAGAGAACAUUUUGCUUAGCAACUAUCAGAGUAGUAGUAGCGUCACGGAGAGCGGCUUCUUGUCACUUCCUGGAUUCCUUGACAAGAGGCGGGGGACUACAGCUGUGGACCAAUAAGGGAGAACCAAAUUGAUUUGCGGUGACUCCCCUUCAAUCUUUCAUAACCAAUCAUAUUAAAUAUACUGUUAUAAUUAUAUCAAACCCCUUUUGUUCGGGGCCAUUAUUAACUACCUUUUGCUAACUGAUUUAGCCUAGGCUGUGAUAAUUGUCCUUAGCUAUGUUGUUCAACUUUCAUUGCAUCUCAAUAAAUACUUAAAUUGGACCAGUCCGGUUCAUCUCUUAUUUAAGAUAAACCAACACGCCUGACAGAUGUUUUAGAACCUGUGUUGAUCCUGAUCCUCAUCAAUGAGCUGAUUAUUUGUUCUUUUCUUUUCCACAUGUGAGAUGGAGCUGAAACAAACUGAUUGUGUGUCCAUGAAAUCACUGAACAAGAGUCACUGAACAGACUUUACUGAUGAAAUGAUCAAUGAACUCAGAGCGUCAACAUGUCCAACAGAUCAACUACACUCUGGUUGGAUUUACAGACCAUCAGUGUGAUGGGAUGUUUGGUCACAUUGUAAAUGUGGAACCUGGUUUGUUUUUAUUACGGCUCAUCUCUGUAAAGUGUGAAUCCACUCGUACUCAUUGUAUUUACAUAUUUAGCAAACAGGCAUAUUUAUCUGCUCUAUCUAUCUGUUCUUUUUGAUUUUCAUGAUCUGAACUAGCAGUUCCAUUGGAGAGUGUCCUGAUCGAGUCUCUCUGAGGGUAUGUUCUGCAGCUCGCAUCACAUGUGUUUCUUAUACAUGUUUAUAUACAUUUAAAUCUCUUAUAUAUGCAUAAAGCCAUAAAAAUGUAAUGUGUGAAGAAGCUGAAGGUUGAAAUAAAAAAUAAAUCCAG